AUGAGCGCAUCUAGAUUCAUAAAGUGCGUGACGGUAGGGGAUGGUGCCGUUGGAAAGACUUGUCUCUUGAUUUCUUACACCAGCAACACCUUUCCCACGGACUAUGUGCCUACUGUAUUUGAUAAUUUCAGUGCAAAUGUGGUCGUCAAUGGAGCCACCAUUAAUCUGGGCCUGUGGGAUACUGCUGGACAGGAGGACUAUAAUAGACUAAGACCUUUGAGUUAUCGUGGAGCUGAUGUUUUCAUUUUGGCAUUUUCUCUCAUCAGCAAGGCCAGCUAUGAAAAUGUAUCAAAGAAGUGGAUUCCGGAAUUGAAGCAUUAUGCUCCUGGCGUUCCUAUAGUUCUUGUUGGCACAAAACUUGAUCUUCGAGAUGACAAGCAAUUCUUCAUUGACCAUCCGGGUGCAGUACCAAUCACUACAGCUCAGGGGGAGGAGCUGAGGAAAAUCAUUGGAGCACCUUCCUACAUUGAGUGUAGUGCAAAAUCACAGCAGAAUGUGAAAGGGGUUUUCGAUGCUGCCAUUAAAGUCGUGCUCCAGCCUCCCAAGCAGAAGAAAAAGAAGGGAAAGGCUCAAAAGGCCUGCUCAAUAUUUUGA